AGCGAGGGGUUUCUCAUUCUUUGACAUGCACAAUAUCUCUCUGCUUACGGGCGAUGGCAGUUUCAUGGGUUCGUCGUAGGUCACCCUUGGCCAUCAAGGUGAACAAUUGGCCACGGAAGAAAUGUGCGGUCUUUUUUCCUUGUUUGUGCAGCACCAUUUAUCGUACAAUGACGUUCCCGCCGCUGCAGUCAUUUCUACGGCUGGGUCCUACUAUUGUAUUUACGACAGGGUAAAUAGCUCUGCCGGCGCGCUCGGCGCCAUUGUCGAGGAUCUCACUAAAAAAAAGCAAAAGACACAAAUCCAUACAAUCUUCACAUCAAAAGCUGAUACAGAGUCGCCCAGUAUUUUCGAGCCUGGGGGUUAUCGGGGGCAUCUGCGCGCAUCCGCCCGACGUGCACAAACCCCCUCCUCGCCUCGUUUGGUCGUUUGCAGCCUGCCGCAAAGCGCGCGGUACAGUACACAGGCACCAUGCACCCCGCCAUGCCUUUUAAGAUACGCAUGCGGCGUGGCCUGCAGUAGAAUGCUGCUGCCGCUGCCGCUGCUACUCCCACUCUUACUCCUACUCCUACUGCUGCAAUGCGACAUCACGCACUACAUGCAGACAUUACUUGGCUGAUGACGGGGUCCCAACCUCCUAUCACGACUGUAUGUACUUGC